CCAGUACCAUGCAUUGUUCGCUACAAAAAAGACUUGGGCCUUGGAACUGGGUCAACUAUGUGGCAGUUUGAGCUCCCACAGGAUACACUAAGUCAGGAAAAUAGCAAGAUGAUGUGCUUUAGAUAUUACAGCGGACUCUCAUUUUCCUGUUUGGCCCAAUCAGAGCCUAUGGAUAUCGAGUCAGCUUAUAAGCAAACACGUGAUAAAACUAAGUUAAAAGACUUUAAAAAACGAGAUCUGCCCCGCCAUAGUGAUAUGGCUAGGCUGAGAUCGAAUUGUAGUUCUGAAAGCGAAUCGGAUCCAGAAACAUCUUCCAAGUACCGUAAGAAAGGUUGGAGAUUGCUGAAAAAGAAAUCAUCCCUUCCUAACGGCUUUCUUCACCAAGAGCGGGAAGACUCCGAUACAGAUUCUUCGAGGACAUCUUCCAAAGACUUACCGACAUGGAAUUCUCACGAAGCUCAAAAGAAUUUAGAUGUAGAACAGAGUGAGUAUUAUCCGAUUUGGGGACAGAAGACUGCUACAUCACCUUCGGUUUAUGAGACAGUCUACCCAAGUGAAGAACCUCCACCACCGCUGCCACCUCGCACAAUCCCUCCUCGACAUCGCCCUUUGGAGAGGACGAGAGCUAUCGGCUUAAGGAGACCUCCAGAAAUCCAUAGGAAGAACAAACCUUCGGAGGGUCCAACACUCCCUCCUAGACCUAAGAAGAUGACUAAUCCUGAAGACAGUUUUGGUUUUGAAAUUGUCGACACUGAUGAGUUAUCCAAUGCUUCUAGUCUUCAGAGUAUGGACAGGACCCAAGAGGACAGGCCUGUCGAUUUGUCUUUAGUUCAGGAUGGAGAUUGUGCACCUCUAGCUACUCCUGAACAUGAUAACAGUUUAGUAGAUACCAAUUCGGAACCCAUUUCUGAUGCGAGACGUGAAUCACCAGUUCCCUCGACAAGUCAAGCUGCCAAAGAAACUACUAUGACUUGUGAACUUGCGGGGAAACUGACUGUACCCGAAACCAUAUCUAGAUUAUCUCCGAUAUCUCCUACAGACUCGGGCGUUGCAAUGAAUACUUCUAACUCCUCAGAAGGAGCGACAGUGGUUACGCAUAGUUCGAGUUCUGAUUCCUUAGUUUCCGCAUGUGAUGAGCCUCAGAAUUUAAUGACUAAUAUCAGGCCGCAUAAGCCUUUAUCGAGGCAAGUUAGUCAUCCGCCGGAGGCGAGGUUGAGGAGGAUGGAGGUACCACAGUGCCCUCCUACUCCUACGCACCAUGCUAGACCACAAAGGGUUGCGAGGACGCAGGAGGAAGAUGAAGUAUUUCAUACGAGUGAAGAAGAUAUUCAACCACCAGUGAGGCAUAUAACUUCAACUAGACUUCCAUCAAUCCCAGAAAGAUCUAUAAAGCAUCAGAGGGUUGAAACAACUGAUGAUGAGCCUCUACCUCCUUAUUGGGAAGCUAGAAUCGACAGCCAUGGAAGAAUAUUUUACAUCGACCACAUUAAUAGAAUGACCACCUGGCAAAGACCGAGCCACAGUACCCUGUCAAGAGCUAGGGCAUCAAACAACGAUUUGCAGCGGCAGCAGCUUGACAGGAGGUAUCAAUCAAUUAGAAGAACUAUUACAUCACGCCAACCUGAAGUCGAAGACACUCCCGAUAACGGAACAACGACUCAGUUGCCCAAUCAUGAUAUUUAUCAAUCACCUGCGAUCAAAUUUUUAUCGAGGCCAGACUUUUUCAGCCUUCUGCAUACUAAUCAGGAUGGACUUGCUCUUUACAAUCGUAAUGGGUCUUUGAAGCACAUGAUAUCAAAAAUUCGGAGAGAUAUGAGCUCAUUCGAGCGAUACCAGCACAACAGAGAUCUCGUCGCUUUCAUCAAUUUCUUCGCUGAUCCCUUAAAAGAACUUCCCAGGGGUUGGGAAACGAAAUUUGAUAGAAACGGCAAGCAGUUCUUUGUCGAUCAUACGAACAAGAGAACAACGUUCAUGGACCCUCGGGUGCCUGCGGAGAUUCCGUUCCUUAACCCGCAUAAGUUGGGGGCUUGGCAGCUGAGGAGGAGGAGCAGAUCUGCUGGGGAGCAAGAUCUUGCCUUCGCUAAUGCACCCAUACCUCCUCCACGACCUGGGCCUUCUGGGUUAUCUUCAAGAGUACAAGAAGUUCCUACAGCUUACAAUGACAAAGUUGUUGCAUUCUUACGCCAGCCUAAUAUAAUGGACAUAUUGAGAGAAAGACACGCUGCAGUUUCGUCGAGCCAAGCUCUGCGGGAUAAAGUGAACGCAGUGAGGGUUGAGGGAGCUUCUGCUCUUCAGGCCUUGUCUCACGACAUCGAGCUCACCAUCCUUCUAAGCCUCUUCGAGAAUGAGAUCAUGUCCUACGUGCCUGCGGCGACGACCGGCGGGGUGUCGCCCAGGCUAUCCCCACAACUGUCGCCGCAGGCCUCGCCCGGUCUGGGUCGUGCGGCCAGGGCGCCGGCUCCCUACCGGAGGGACUUCGAGGCCAAGCUCAGGAACUUCUACAGGAAGCUGGAGUCCAAGGGCUACGGCCAGGGGCCUGGCAAGCUCAAGCUUCAUAUUAGAAGAGAACAUUUGCUUGAAGAUGCCUUUAACAAAAUUAUGAUAACUUCAAAGAAAGACCUUCAGAAGUGCAAGUUGUACGUCCAGUUUGACCAUGAGGAAGGGCUCGAUUACGGUGGUCCGUCGAGAGAAUUCUUCUUCCUGCUGUCGAGGGAGCUGUUCAAUCCGUACUACGGUCUCUUUGAGUAUUCGGCAAAUGACACUUACACAGUUCAGGUGUCUCCCAUGUCUGCAUUUGUCGACAACCAGCAUGAAUGGUUCCGAUUCAGCGGAAGAGUUUUGGGUUUGGCAUUAGUCCAUCAGUACCUUUUAGAUGCUUUUUUUACUAGGCCGUUUUAUAAGGCACUCUUAAGGCUGCCAGUCUCACUGUCCGAUCUUGAAUCGCUUGAUCAGGAGUUCCAUGGCUCACUUCUGUGGAUCAAAGAGCACGACAUUUCAUCCGAAGUCUUAGAUCUGACCUUUGCCGUUACUGAAGAAGUUUUCGGUCAAGCGGUAGAGAGGGAGUUGAAACCAGGUGGAAAGAACAUUUCUGUCACAGAAAAGAAUAAGAAGGAAUAUAUUGAAAGGGUAGUUAGAUGGAGGUUAGAACGAGGGGUCUCCGAGCAGACAGAAUCACUAGUCAGGGGAUUUUAUGAAGUCGUCGAACCAAGGUUGGUGUCAGUGUUCGACGCUCGAGAACUGGAGCUAGUCAUCGCUGGUACAGCUGAGAUAGACCUCACCGACUGGAGGCUCAACACUGAAUAUCGAUCUGGUUACCAUGAUAAUCAUCCUGUUAUAAGUUGGUUCUGGACAGCAAUGGAGAGAUUCACGAAUGAACAACGCCUAAGGUUGUUGCAGUUCGUUACCGGCACAUCAAGUGUACCUUAUGAAGGAUUUUCGGCGCUAAGGGGUUCAACAGGGCCUCGCAAGUUCUGCAUCGAGAAAUGGGGAAAACCAAAUAGCCUACCAAGAGCGCACACUUGCUUUAACAGGCUAGAUCUCCCACCUUAUCCGACACCCGAAAUACUUUAUGAAAAACUGCUGUUGGCGGUAGAAGAGACAAAUACAUUUGGAAUCGAAUAGUUUAAAUAUGGCCAAAAAUUAUUUGUUGCCUUUUUUUUAAUAUAUAUAUUUGUAUGAGACAGACUGAUGUAAGGAAUGAUAGGUUGUGUACGAACCAAUCGGAGAAUUUAUAGCUAAUGUACUUUACCUUGUGGAGUUGCAUUUUUGAUCUGUAUAUGUUCGUGUAAAUGCCAUGUUGUUAGUUUAUAGCUAAUAAAAUAAUACAUCAUUUCGUCCAUGAGAAUAUUUCAAAAUGUGCUCUUUGUGAUAAUGGUAUUUAUAUAUAUAUAUAUAUAAUAUUAAUAUAUAUGCCGAUAACAAUUAUGUUUAUGGCGAUUUUGUGUUGUUAAUUUUAGGAUAUCUUUUGCAUAUGGCUUGCAUCAAAUAUAUUAUUAAUUGAAAUGUAUUUAAAAAUAUUUUCGAAAAUAAGGGUUGCAAUUAUUGUAGAAAUAAUGUUAAUUAUCUGCUAUCAUGUAAAUUAUACAAACUUAUUUAUAUAAAAUAAAAAUACACAACAUUCAUGGUUAGUAUUCAAUUAGUUUUAAUAUACUAUUGUUUUUUCUCAGGAAUUAGUUUAAUUUUUACAUAACGUAGUAAUCUUUAAAAUUCAUUUAAAAAAAUUAAAUUAAAAAAAUAUCAAACAAACAAACCAUUUUCUAUGAAUUUAUAAAACAAGACUAAUUAUAUACUGGAACUACAAAGUAUUUUGAUGCUCCAAACUAAAUCGUGUUUUGUGAAACAAAAAAAGCUCAGCCUAUAUAGUGGCAAUAUAUAGUGAAUUGUAUAAAUUAGUUUUUAUAAGCAAAUUAUUUAUUAUAAUUUAAUUAUUGUAUAUUUAAUUUUCAAAAUAUUUGUAACUGAAGUGAAAAAAAAAUUAUUUAUACACAUGUAAAAAAAAAAACUAUAAUAGACUUGGUUAGAUAUUUUCAAUAUUUUUUAUCGUCCUUGUUUAAAAGCUGUAUUUUAUACAGGCAAAUGAAUUGUGAACUUUUUGUUUAAAUUUAUUGAGGUUACCAGUGACCUUAGUAUAAUUCAUUAAAUUAUUAUUAUUUAUUUUUUAUUCAAAUUGUCUAUCAAGUUUUUAUACUUACGAAUAAUAUAACAAUACACUGGGAGAAAAAGAAAGUGGCCAUUCUUUAUCAGUUAAUUUAGUUUCCAAUAAAUGAAAAUGUUCUUAUAAAUAUAAUAAUGAAUAAAUUGAACAUAUUGACAUCAUAAUAUUUUUAAUUCGUUAGCGCUGUUUUAUUCAUUUUGACAACUAUAAAAUAAAAAUCAUUAAAUUUUUUUUCUUUUGAGAUGACCACAUUUUCCUCUCAGUGUAAGAAGAGGAUUUCCUAUUAAGUCAGAGUUUAUUUUGGUGUCUUAUUACAUACAAUAUUCUAGAAAUCUUUUUUUUUUUUCUCGAUUAUUCAAUUUCUAUGUGUUAAAAAACUUUGUACGAAUCACAUUGAUUAUAUUAAUAAUUAAAAAACAUCAGCAUAAAUUAAUUAAAUUGUUAUUUAUAUUAUAUUUGGAAUGAGUUUUAUAAAUACAUCUUCUGUUUAAGUUUAAUUAUAAAUAAGUAUUUGUGAUUUUGCCUGUAUGAACAAUACACGCUACUGGUUCUUCCACUAGUAAUUUUUAAGCUGGAGUGGGUAGGUGGGGAUAAAAAUCUAGAUGAUUUUUCUAUAUCCAUAGUUUUACUAAAUUUAUAAAUUAAAUGAAUUUUAAUAAGUCUCGAUUCGAAAUCAUUUUUACAAAAUUCAUUAUAGAAAUAUUAAUCUUAACGUAACUACAAUUAUGAUGGGUCAAAGUUAAAAAAACAAAUAAAUAAAUUUAUAUGAUUUCAUAUGCUGUCUCGAAAACAGGUUUAAAACUAUCUUAUUAUAUUUUUUAUUUCAAUCUCUUGAAAACCAAAUCAUGUUAUGAUUUAAAUUUUAUGUUAUCCCUUACAAACCACCUUUUCUAGCUCUACCCUUAUCUGGUUAUAUCUUUGUAACAAUAUAUACUAGUGAAAGUUUGACAUUUAUUUACAAUAAAUGAUAAACAGAUUUAAUUUCCUUCUAUUUAUAGUUGAAAGAUUGUUUAUUGAUUUUCAAGACAUCCAUUCUAGUCACUACUAUUAAGUCAAAUAUUUAUUUUAUUUUGUAAAAUGUAAGAGUGUUUUUAUGUUGAAUUGUUAUUUAAGUUUAUGUCUAAUUUCACAUUUUAUGGAAAAUAUUUUAUCUCUAAACUUUUGUCCUUGUUUUUAUAUCAUGAAUUGUAAUUUUUUUUUUAUUAUAUAAAGGUGAAAAUUUAAUUAUUUUUUGUUUGUUUAUGAAAUGAAUUUGUAUUCAUGUUUCAAUUUUAAUAUUAAAUAUAAAUAAAAAAAGAUUGUUUAUGUCUAUGAUGUGAAUUGUUAUUAUACACAAAAUUUUUAAUAUUAUUAUAAACUACUAUAUCAAUUAAUUGAAAGUGAUGUAUUGAAUUUUAACUAUGUUUGAUAACUUUUGCUUGAAUAAAAUAUCCUAUAGCAGUUAGAAUUCAUCGUUUUUAUUCUGUCUUAUCGGCAGUCGAUUAUGAAAUUAAACGUGCAUCUUUUAAAGAAUUAUUAGAAUCAUUACUCUUAAUUAAUAUCUAACAUAAUGAAUUGUAGUUAAUUUUAGUCCAAUCUUGUUCAUCCAAUUGCUUUGAUGUCUUUUCUUUUUCUGUUUUUGUUUUAUCAAUAUGCACAAUAUUUGCUAAUUAAUGUCGAGAUAUUGUUCAAUCUAUUUACUGUUUUAACAGUUAUCUAUUUAACCUAAAACUUUUCAUAUUUAAUUGUAGCAUAAACAUUCCACUAAUGUUUAUUCUUUUCGCUGCACAGCCCCUCAUGGGAUUAUCAAAUGUGUUAUUGUAUAUUUGUUUCUGUAUGUUUGUGUUAACGAAAUAAAAUAAAUCAAUUAU